UCGCCGCGUGAGUGAGGGUGUGAUUUGUUGGUAUUGUUUUUUUUCUCGGGGUGUUUGGAACAAUAGGCUAGUUGUGUGUGCAAUUUUGGGCGAGUGCGUGGGUGGUGAGACACAUAUCACACAGUGUAAAGGCCCCUUGUUACUGGUGUGGUGCGGAGGGAGUGGAAACGAUAGUGAGUGCGAGCGAGUGAAGAGUAUUGUUUUCUCACUUUUGAAUAAGGGAGAAGUAGCAAAAGCUCGGAUUUGGGAAGAUUUGCUGAGGAAAAGGAAGGAAUUUGGUUUAGUUCAUCGCUAGUAGGCGCUGAACAAAGUCUGCUAAUCGCAAAAAAGGCGUAUCGCUGGCCGUAAGACACACUGUUCCUGGAAACACCGAAACAAGGGAAUCCUUACACACAAUCAACACUUUAUAACCGAGAUUACAUCGGUUUUUGCGCGACACUGUGUGCGUGUGUUGGUGCUAACGAGCGAAAGCGAGACAGCGAGACACUGUGCGUCCUGCUCCAUCCAGAAGUCGACCUUCGCCGAUCGACGACCACGAUGAGGAGCUGGUCCCGCGUCCAAUGACUGUCGUUGUUGUCUUCCGGACGGUUCCGGGUUGCUGCAAUAAAACAACAACAUCACAAGCUUAGCGCAGUAAUUAGUCGCAACCACUACCAGCAAGUGCGCCGUGGCCCCGUUAUAGUGUUGUGUGGUGUGGUACGGGUCGCGUUAUCUCGACGACCCCCUCGGCGAUAAACCCGACUCGAUUGUCUGUGUUGGUUGUUGUAGUGAUCAUUGUUUCAGCUUAAAGUGUGUUCGUGUGUGGUUUCCAAUCGUAAAUAUCACGUGUGUGUAUUUUUAUAAGUGUAGUCGGUGUUGAUCAGCGCAGAUCUUAGUGUCUACAGGUCCUUCGUAUUGGUGUCUAUAGCUGUGGUAGCGCUACUCCAGUGUUCAGCAACAACAACAGCCGUAGAUUAGUAAUCGUGAGAUUCCAAGAAAACGACGGAGUCUACCCCGAGAAGAAGCACGUAACGCGAAGAUAACACGGUGAAUCACGAAGAAGUGCAGUGGUCGAGCGAUCGUGUCCAAGAAGAUCGACCCGAAGAGGCGUCUAUUGUGUAUUGGUGUCCCAAAGUGGUAUCAAAAGUCUCUGUGUGUUAGUGUCUUCAAAAAAUCGCAAAAGCGUGAAAAUUUCACCAAGUUUUUUCUGUGUUUUGGUGCACCGCCCACAACCGUCAGCUGAGGAGCAGCCACUCAAGCAGAUCAUCUCGGCAGCCGCGUCGAGUCGAGCAGCAACAAUGCGCGAAUUCAAGGUCGUUGUACUGGGCUCCGGCGGGGUGGGCAAGUCGGCCCUCACCGUGCAGUUCGUGUCCGGUUGCUUCAUCGAAAAGUACGACCCCACGAUCGAGGAUUUCUACCGGAAGGAGAUUGAGGUGGACAACUCACCCUGCGUGCUAGAAAUCCUGGACACUGCCGGAACGGAACAGUUUGCGUCGAUGCGGGAUCUGUACAUUAAGAACGGGCACGGCUUCAUCGUCAUGUACUCGUUAACGAAUCACCAGACAUUUCAGGACAUCUCCAGUAUGCGAAAUGUGAUCAGUCGUGUGAAAGGUAGUCAGCCAGCACCAAUCCUCCUAGUCGCCAACAAACUAGAUUUAGAUUGCCAAAGAGAAGUCUCGACAGCGGAAGGAAGCGCCCUCGCCGAGCUGUGGGACUGCCCGUUCAUCGAAGCCUCCGCCAAGGACCGCAUCAACGUGAACGAGGUGUUCGCCACGGUCGUGCGGGAAAUGAACAUGACCUCCGAGAAGCGCCAGAAGAAGAGCUACUGCUGUUGUACAUUGUUAUAGAAGUGGCACUAGGCGCGUAAUUUUAACUAUUGGUUUACCCCCUUAUUCGUAAAGUAAAGAAGUAAAAAAAAACGCUAAAAAACGGUAAAGUAAAUAAAGAAAAA